UAUUCAGCAGAUCGUGUGGCAGGUUGUCCGGCAGGGCGCUUACCGAGUGAGCAAGAAAAAGCGGGCUGCUGGUGGCAGGGAGCAAAGGAAGGAAACGUGAGGAAUGGCUGAAAGCUGACUGUGUUUUUCUACAGGAAACAAAUCAGGAGAGGGAAACGAUAGCUAAAAUAAGUCACCAAGUGUUUCCCAUUUCGGUUGGAGAAUUGUAUUGAGGCUUCUUAUUUUGUCCACGUACGGAUCCGUCUGGUUUGCUGAUUUAAUGGGACAACGAAAACGGAAAAAAAAGCAAAAGGUGUCGAUUUUGUCGUCUGUGUGGACGGGUGAUACUUAUUUUUAUGGGACCAACACUCCACACGGGAUGAAUAUGAGGACACUUAGUGCAAGGUAAACCGCAUUGUUUGAGUAAAGAACAUGUCCCAGACUUGACAGGGGUAGUUUAAGGAUAUAUGUUUGGUGGGACUGAUGCAUUAACAUUUUAUAUCCUUGAAGUGGUCGACUACCUAUAAAUAAAUAAUACGUGUUCAAGCUUCUUGGACAAGCCAUCACAACAGAGCAGUCACACGAAAAGUAGCCUACAUGUCCUUAUAAGAGAAACACGUAAAGCCAUUUUGCUCAGUCUGAACAGAAGAAAAACAUGCGCGUGUUUGUCAUCUGGAUAUUUUUGCGGUUGUUUUCACUACGGGAUGGUGCAGCUGGUCAAGGACAAUCCACUCCGGCUAUUUGUUCGUCCUCGUGCCGCUGCGACGAGGACGGAGGCGCCGAUUGCUCUGGGAAAGGUCUGACCACAGUCCCGACUGGUCUAAGCGCCUUCACCUAUUAUCUUGACAUCAGCAUGAAUAACAUCACAGAGCUCCCGGCAUUUGUCUUCAAGAACUUCCCCUAUCUAGAAGAACUUCGACUGGCAGGAAAUGACCUCUCAUUCAUCCACCCUGACGCUCUGUCUGGACUGCAUCAGCUCAAAGUCCUGAUGUUGCAGAAUAACCAGCUGAAGACUGUUCCAAGUACAGCUAUAAAGAACCUCUACUCUCUACAGUCUCUACGUCUGGAUGCCAACCACAUCACAACGGUGCCUGAGGAUAGCUUUGAGGGCCUGCAGCAGCUCCGCCACCUCUGGCUGGAUGACAACAGCCUGACUGAGGUCCCAGUGGGCCCCAUGAGACACCAGGCUAACCUGCAGGCUCUCACCCUGGCACUCAACCGCAUCACCCACAUCCCCAACAAUGCCUUUGCCAACCUCUCCAGUCUGGUGGUGCUGCAUCUGCAUAAUAACAGAAUUAAGGAGAUUGGGGAGAGCUGCUUCACGGGGCUAGAGAACCUAGAGACGCUGGAUCUUAACUUCAACAACCUGAUGACCUUCCCAGAAGCAAUCCAGUCACUGCCCAAACUGAAGGAGCUUGGAUUUCACAGCAAUGACAUAGCAGCCAUACCUGAGGGAGCCUUCCACAAGAACCCUUUGCUCCGCACCAUCCACCUGUAUGACAACCCCCUGUCCUUUGUGGGAACGUCAGCCUUCCAGAACCUGUCUGACCUGCACUCCCUGAUGCUACGUGGAGCCAGUAUGAUGCAGGAGUUUCCCUGUCUCAUUGGGACUAACAACCUGGAGAGUCUCACUUUGACAGGCACAAAGAUUGCCGCCAUACCGGUUGAGCUCUGUGAGGAUCUAAAGGUGCUGCGGACUCUGGACCUGUCCUACAAUGAGAUUGAGGAGCUGCCUUCCUUCCAGGGCUGUCUAAAGCUGCAGGAAAUAAGCCUGCAGCACAACCACAUCCAGCAAAUCGACAGGGACACAUUCCAGGGUCUGUCUGCCCUGCGCUUGCUGGACCUGAGUAGAAAUGAAAUGAAAACCAUCCACAGAGAUGCUUUCCUCUAUUUGACGGUGCUAACAAACCUAGACCUGAGUUUAAACUCGCUGACCAGCAUUCCAACAACUGGACUGAGUUCCCUGAACCAACUGAAACUCACAGGAAACCUGCAGAUGAAACAUGUAUUUACUGCAAAGAGCCUCCCCAAACUCAGGUCAGUAUCAGUUCCCUAUGCUUACCAGUGCUGUGCAUUUGUGGGAUGUGAUUCUUCAACAACUUCCACUGAUGAGGAGGACAUCAAGAAGGUUACAGGUGGAGAAGAAGUGGAGAGGAUAUCGAUGGUAAUGCACUGCUCUCCCUCUCCAGGAGCCUUCAAGCCCUGUGAGCACCUCCUGGGCAGCUGGAUGAUACGUCUGACUGUGUGGUUCAUCUGCCUGGUGGCCUUGAUCUUCAACACUCUGGUGCUGGCAGCCACCUUCUCCCGCCGGGCCUUGGCCCUCUCCCCUGCCAGGCUGCUGGUUGGCCUCCUGGCCCUCACCAACCUGCUCACUGGGGUCUAUGUGGGGGUGCUCACUGUCCUGGAUGCUGCCACCUGGGGCUCCUUCGCUGAGUUUGGGGUCUGGUGGGAGACGGGGGUGGGCUGCCGGGCAACAGGGGCCCUGGCGGUGUUCUCCUCAGAGUGGGCGGUGCUGCUGUUGCCCCUGGCGGCUGUGGAGCGCAGCGUGGCGGUGAGAGGGCUCCUGGGGAAGGCCAUCUCACCCAGGAGGAGCAGCGAGAGGGGGUUCGGGGACAGAUGCUUCGCCCUGGCGGCUGCUCUCCUGGGACUCCUGGCGGCUGCAGCAGCCUGUCUGCCCCUCUUCAGUACCAACGACCCUUCAGCCUCCCCUCUCUGUUUACCCUUCUCUGGUGGUGAGGGCCCUGCACUGGGGGUCACUGUGGCCCUGGUGCUGCUCAACGCUCUGGCCUACCUGUUCACAGCAGCAGUGUACACCCAGCUGUACUGUGGCUUGGGCAGGGUGGAGCUGGCAGACCAGGAGCAGGCAGGGGCCGUACGCCACGUGGCAUGGCUCAUAUUCACCAACUGCAUCUUCUUCUGCCCUGUUGCAGCCUUCUCCUUCGCCCCUCUACUGGCUAGGUCUGGCACCGCAGGGGGCCCUGAGAUUGCCAAGUCCAUCACGCUCAUCUUCUUCCCCCUACCGGCAUGCCUUAACCCCGUGCUCUAUGUUUUCUUCAGCCCAGCCUUCCGGGAGGACUGGCUGCGGCUGCGGGGCCAUGGAGCUGUGGCCCGGGGGGUGAAGGCUGGGCAGUGUGCAGGGGGCUCUGGGGUUGUGGAUGGGGACGGGGACUCCUCCACACGGGUGGGCUAUGACUGUGGGGUGUACUCCCAGCUCUGUGGGGAAACAGGCAUGUGUGAGCCCUGCGAGGCGGCUCUACACGCCAGGACCUCUUCCUCCUCAUCAUCAGUCUGCAGACACUUGGUGAAGUCCCACAGCUGCCCUACCCUCUCGGCUGGUGCGGCAGCGGGCCAGCGUACGGAGGGUUACUGGGCAGACAGCGGCACCCUCCCUGCCCAGUCAGAGUACGCUGACGAGGGGGACUCGUUUGUGUCCGACAGUUCCGACCAGGUGCAGGCCUGUGGACGAGCCUGCUUCUGCCAGAGCCGAGGGCUCCCUCUGGUCCACUACACAUACAACAUACCUCGCAUCAAAGACUGAGAAGCUCUUCAGCUGUGUGUGUGUGUGUUUGUUUGUGCAUCUGUGUUUGUUUGUGUUUGUUUGUUUUGUGCAUCUGUGUUUGUUUGUGUGUAUGUGUUGGACACUAUAACAAAAAGAAAGGUUUGUGAUACACAACAAAACAUGUGCAGGGUCCCUUCACACAAAUCAUUCAGGAAGCACUUCUUUAAUCACUGUGUGAACCAGACUCAACCGCCACAAAAAGGGAAUCUGGCAUUAAAUGAGACUUCUUUGAGACCUGAGACUUUUGGUCAACUCUUGUUUUGCCCUUCAGGAUUUACAACUGAUUCCUGUGUGUGAUAACACCAAACUGGCUGUCAAAUAUGUAACAAAAGAGGAAAUCUUUCCACCAGUGCCUGCUUCUUGGUUUAAAGCGAACUCAUUAUCAAGAUGUUACAAGCCUGAAUUCAUCUGUCACGUCUCUUGCUAAGGCAAGGAUUUAUGUGCCAUCCUUUUGUAGUUUUCUUUGUGUUAUAUGUAUAUUGUGUUUAUAUCUUGUCAUUCCCUGGUCUGUCGAUUUUAAUGCCUUGCCAUAAUCGCUAUUCAUUUGUAUAGUUAGCAAUUGUAAUCAUAAUCCUCAUUCUAGGGUUGUUUUUCAUAUGAGAAUGUAAAGUAACUGAAAGGAGAAUUGUAUGGCAGCGGCUUUAAAUUAAGGGGUACUGACAAUGUGUUAAAUAUAAUCUGAAAGCUGCAUUUUCAGCCCUCCCAAUGUGAGCCAACUGAAUCUCCAGUCUGAAUCUGUUCAUGUAACUUCACAUGCCCUGUAUUCAUUCCUCAAGAGUACAAGACAAUGACUUAAAUGUUUAUUAUCUUUGACAAUAAUUGUCAACAAUUCUUCCUCACUAUGAGUGAUAAAGUCUUGGAUGUCACGUGGGAAUGGAAGAGAGCACUGUUUUAACAACAGUCUUCCCAGGUUGUUGAGGAGAGUUUUAUGACUUUGUUUUGUCUCUUGGACUAAAAAUAAUUUCGUUGAACUGUGCUUUACCCCCAGGAUCGUUCUAAUUUAUUGCUUAAAGAGGAGCAGAAUGUCUGGGCCAAGGACAAGGUUAUUUCAGGUGUCAGGAGGUUGGCUUUGAAAGGUGAAUGCAGCAUGUACCAAGUGCAAGCUAAGCCUCUGGCGCUGAAUGCUGAUGCCACACAAAGGCCUUCAUUUCUGGAUUGUUCUCUGAGACAGAUCGCAUUAUAGUAAAAUAUAUAUAUAUAUUUUCUUCUCUUAAAAUGGAUAUAAUUGGUGCUCGCAACCCAUUAAUUAUGAUCAAGAUGCACACAAUCCCACAGCUCAGCAGUGUAGCCAGUGUAAUGGAUAUCAUGGUGUAUAUUAUGAUAUAACAACAUAUAAUGUUUCACUAUGAAACAUUUUAUUGGAUCAGGUUUGACUGUAGGGGAAUAUCUGUUUGAUGUGCACGAGCAUGACUUUGCGUAUGGGGCCUGCACCACACCCUAGGAGCCUGUAUCCACAUGUGUAAUUCAUGCGAGCGCUCAGGAAAUUAGGCAAUGUAGGGAAGCCUAGACUCCCUCAACAUUCUGUUAAUGUGUCCAUAUUAUGAAGCUCAUUGGCUUUUGAAAUUAUAUCACAAAUUUUCUUAUUUUUGUAUGGAUUUGUCAGUGUUUUGACUGAGUGUAAUUUUAACCCCAACCAACUGUCCAGAUUGUAUUGGAGAUGUUAGAAGCCCGUACAUGCAAAUUCCAAAUCGGUGUGUAUUGCUGUCUGUUUAUCCAUAUUUACAUUAUUUUUGAUAGAAAAACCAAUAAUCAAGAAUGGGAUGGAUUGACUAACCACGGAAGCUACCUCUUCAACUUUAGUGGCUACCAGCAGUGCUUUGUACGGUGUGUGUUCUUAUGUUAUUGAUAUUUUGGUUUGAACUAUAGGCUUUGUUUGUAAAUACAUCGUUGUACAGCGUCACUGAAUUGAAUUCAUGCUUUUAGUGGGUGGAAUGUACAGUAUGUACUGUAUACUGUGAUUUUUGUAAACCAAAUUAUAUAAAACCAUUUGCUUAAAAAAACAAUGCUUUAUGUACAAGAUUUCUGACACAAAAACUCUCACUCAUUCUUAUAAUUUAUUUGCCCCACAGUGACACACAGUUGAGUUGGUCUGAUUUCGACCUUGUCAGGACUGUCAGUGUUUUUCUUUGCCUACAGUGUUAGGUUCUGUCUGACUGACUGACCAUAGUGCCACUCAAGGGUGCUGUUGAAAUUGUCAAGGCUAUAAAUGUCCCACAGGGCACCAGGGCACUGGCACCUCUCCCAAUUGGCUCCUCUGGCUGAGUUUCAAAUCAAAUUUUAUUUGUCACAUACACAUGGUUAGCAGAUGUUAAUGCGAGUGUAGCGAAAUGCUUGUGCUUCUUGUUCCGACCAUGCAGUCAUAUCUAACAAGUAAUCUAACCUAACAAUUUCGCAACAACUAAUUUAUACACACAAGUGUAAAGGAAUUAAUAAGAAUAUGUACAUAAAAAUAUAUGAAUGAGUGAUGGCCGAACGGCAUAGUUUGUUCAUAGCAUUGUUUAAAGUGGCUAGUGAUACAUUUAUUACAUCCAUUUUUCCAUUAUUAAAGUGGCUAGAGAGUUGAGUCAGUAUGUUGGCAGCAGCCACUCAAUGUUAGUGAUUGCUGUUUAACAGUCUGAUGGCCUUGAGAUAGAAGCUGUUUUUCAGUCUCUCGGUCCCCGCUUUGAUGCACCUGUACUGACCUCGCCUUCUGGAUGAUAGCGGGGUGAACAGGCAUUGGCUCGGGUGGAUGUUGUCCUUGAUGAUAUUUUUGGCCUUCCUGUGACAUCGGGUGGUGUAGGUGUCCUGGAGGGCAGGUUGCCCCCUGGUGAUGCGUUGUGCAGACCUCACUACCCUCUGGAGAGCCUUAUGGUUGUGGGCGGAGCAGUUGCUGUACCAGGCAGUGAUACAGCCCGACAGGAUGCUCUCAAUUGUGCAUCUGUAAAAGUUUGUUUUUGGUGACAAGCCAAAUUUCUUCAGCCUCCUGAGGUUGAAGAGGCGCUGCUGCUCCUUCUUCACCACGCUGUCUGUGUGGGUGGACCAUUUCAGUUUGUCCGUGAUGUUUACGCCGAGGAACUUAACUUUCCACCCUCUCCACUACUGUCCCGUCGAUGUGGAUAGGGGGCUGCUCCCUUUGCUGUUUCCUGAAGUCCACGAUCAUCUCCUUUGUUUUGUUGUCAUUGAUUGUGAGGUUAUUUUCCUGACACAACACUCCGAGGGCCCUCACCUCCUCCCUGCAGGCCGUCUCGUCGUUGUUGGUAAUCGAGCCUACCACUGUAGUGUCGUCUGCAAACUUGAUGAUUGAGUUGGAGGCGUGCAUGGCCACGCAGUCAUGGGUGAACAUGGAGUACAGGAGAGGGCUGAGAAUGCACCCUUGUGGGGCCCCAGUGUUGAGGAUCAUCGGGGUGGAGAUGUUGUUACCUACCCACACCACCUGGGGGCGGCUCGUCAGGAAGUCCAGGACCCAGUUGCACAGGGCGGGGUUGAGACCCAGGGUUUCGAGCUUAAUGACGAGUUUGGAGGGUACUAUGGUGUUAAAUGCUGAGCUGUAGUCAAUGAACAGCAUUCUUACAUAGGUAUUCCUCUUGUCCAGAUGGGUUAGGGCAGGGUGCAGUGUGAUUGCGUUGUCUGUGGACCUAUUGGGGCGGUGAGCAAAUUGGAGUGGGUCUAGGGUGUCAGGUAGGGUGGAGGUGAUAUGGUCCUUGACUUGUCUCUCAAAGCACUUCAUGAUGACGGAAGUGAGUGCUACAGGGCGGUAGUCAUUUAGCUCAGUUACCUUACCUUUCUUGGGAACAGGAACAAUAGUGGCCCUCUUGAAGCAUGUGGGAACAGCAGACUGGGAUAAGGAUUGAUUGAAUAUGUCCGUAAACACACCAGCCAGCUGGUCUGCGCAUGCUCUGAGGACGCGGCUGGGGAUGCCGUCUGGGCCUGCAGCCUUGCGAGGGUUAACACGUUUAAAUAUUUUACUCACGUUGGCUGCAUUGAAGGAGAGCCCGCAGGUUUUGGUAGCAGGCCGUGUCAGUGGCACUGUAUUGUCCUCAAAGCGAGCAUUAUGGGUAAAAAAUAACCCUGUUGAUGGUGUCCAUGUCACCUGAUUCACACUGGGUGCCCUUGUUCCUUUAACACAUCCAAACCUCACGGGGUGUGUAACAACAUCAUGAUGGGGGCUUACUGGAAGUGGAUAAGUGCACAUGAACUAUGGUCUUGAAUGUGACCUGUCAAAUUACACCAAGUUUGACAAUAAGAAUGUGUUUAUGUUUAGAAAAUGUGUUGUGUGAAUGUAUGCUAGUGGAUGAAGGUAGGUGGUUGGCAGUGGACCUCAGAAACCAACAGGAGCAGCCUUAUUACUCACAUCCUGUUUGGAAAUGGACUUGGCUUGACCAAACAUUUCACCUCCCAGCGAUGCACCCACAGAGGGAAUGGGACAUUCCAGCUGUUCCAACCCUCCCCACACCUCAUCGCUAGGCCAAACACAUUAAACAUAUUGCUAUAUCGUCUUUUGGCCUUAGUUAGACUUUGUUACGUUAAUACCCAGCAGCUUUUGUUCAUUCCCACUGGCAUUCAAGCGCCAGAGCGUCAACUGUUUGUUGACCUCAUAGUGAUCAUGUUCUGUGUAUAGGGCAGCAUGAGGCACACGAGUGCUGCUCCACCUGUGUAUUCAUCUCAGUGUUAACCCCUGUCCACUGUCUGUUUCCCAUGUUAAACAAUGGUGGGGUUUUAUCAGGCCUCACUAGCGAACAGGCCACACCAGGGAUAGUGGUUUACUUAAAUUGCAUUAUAACCAGUUUACAGCUGGGAAUAUGAGUAUGAUUGGGCACCCUAGAAACCUGGGAUGGACUUGCAUUUGAAUAAGUGAGAAUAAAAGGGGUGCCCACUGCCCGUUGACAAAGCUGUGCAUUUAUUUUUCAUGCAUAAAACAAAUACUCUUUGCCACUGAUAUUCAAUAACCCUUUUCUACAAAGAAUGCCUGAGUGAAUCAAACAAUGCAGUCCUUUGCUACUCCUCAAAUUAUUCCAUGAAAUAAAUAAAGGUACAAUAACCCAA